CGUUGUGCCGUAUAUGCGAGCCAAUUGCAUUCAUGUCAAUCUUUCCCUAUGUCUAUUACAUGAUCUCUUCUUUCCACAUCACCAAUGACGAGAAGCAAAUUGCUCUAUAUGCUGGCAUGGUCACAUCUGCGUUUGCCUUUGCCGAGUUCUCGACAGGAGUCAUGUGGGGUAGAUUGAGCGACAAGGUUGGACGCAAACCAAUUCUCCUUAUGGGAUUGGCAGGAACCGGCAUCAGUAUGAUUGUCUUUGGGUUCUCUCCCAACCUGACCACGGCUCUUAUUGCUCGUGCUUUGGGAGGUCUUCUCAAUGGAUCAAUCGUCGGCUCUGGUCUAGGAGGAACUCUCGCGGACCCUGUGCGCAACUACCCUGGUUACUUCGAGCACGGUUCGUUGUUCGACAAGUUCCCAUACCUGCUUCCGAACUUGGUCUGCGCAGGAGUUGUCAUCUUCGGCAUGAUGGUCGGCAUUCUUUUCCUCGAAGAGACUCACGAGGAUCUCAAAGACAGAAGAGAUUAUGGUCUCGACGUUGGUGACUGGAUACUAGACUUUUUCCGGCCGAGUCAGCUCGACGAAAAGGCUGGUGAGACGUUGGCUCUGUUCGAGGACACUGCUGCUGGCUAUUCCUCCAGCCAAUCAUCUCCAGCUGUGAAUCCAAUCCUCGUUGGAGAGCUGCCGAACGAAGCCCAGCCCAUAUCGUCGCAAAUACCAGGAUCCCGUCGCCGUGAUGCAGCUGUCUCGAAAGCCUUCACAAGGCAGGUCUGUCUCAACAUCGUUGGAUAUGGUAUCCUUGCCNUACUUCUUCCUGUGCUUUUCAGUUUGCCCGAAUCUCACCAGGCUCCUCACUUACCAUUCCAAUUUUCUGGUGGCUUUUCCUUGCCGACAAAGGUCAUCGGUUUCAUUUUGUCCGCUCAAGGCUUCAUCCAGAUGUUCGCUACCCUGUUCGUUUUUCCAUUCGUCAACCGCAAGAUUGGGAGUUUGGCUACAUUCCGACUCGUCAUUCUCUCGUAUCCGAUUCUCUACCUGAUGAUUCCUUACCUCACGCUUGUUCCGACCGCUCUUCGUAUGCCCUGUAUUUAUUUUGUACUCGUCUGGAAGGUCACAGCACAAGCUCUGUCGUAUCCGUCUCUUGCCAUUAUGUUGGCCAACGCAGCUCCAUCAAAGAAGGUUCUCGGUACUCUGAACGGUGUGGCAGCCUCAUCAGCAAGCUUGUGCAGAGCAUUUGGCCCCACAUUAUCAGGCUUGGUCCAAUCGUUAGGCCUUUCCGUUGGCGUGCUUGGUCUCCNNCCCUGGUGGGCAAACAGCUUCGUUGCAGUCAUUGGCGCCGUUCUCAGCUUACGCAUGGUCGAAGAGAAACGCCGAUACUCAAAAGCCGAGGAGGCAAGUCUGGACUCGGAAGACCUCCCAUUCCUGGACUCAGACGUACUAGAGAGCUCUGACGAGGAAUCCUGCCAUUGA